AACCCUUCAAAGGAAAAUCCGUGCACGGGGACGUGGAGCUCAGGGUGGAGCAGGUUUGGGGCGGGACUGAGGGGUCCCAGGGAGGUUGAGGGGGGCCCCCCGGCGGUUUUUGGGGUGUCCCCCCCCUGGAUUUUGGGGUCCCCCAGGCCCAGUUCUCGGAGCUCUCCUUGGCCGCCUCCACCCACGGCGCCCUCAGCGUCAGCAUCGACCCCGCCCGGGGCGGCUCCAGGAAGGUGCGCCCCGAUUUUGUGCUGGUGCGGGAGGAGCCCGAGGGCGGCGCGGGGGGCGCCCCCCGGCGGCUGCUGGUGGGAUUGCACCUGGGGGGGGGGGGUCCCGGGCAGCGACCCCAUCCCCGCCCUGUACGGCUUCAGCCACCAGCCCUGCCUGUUUGCCCAGUUGGCUCGGCUGCAGCGGGAACUGGGCCAUGAGGCCUUUCCACUGGUGCCCCAGCGCUUCUGCAACCGGCCCCGGGGACUGCUCACCGCCCCCACCUUCCCCAUGACGGUGACGCUCAGCCCCGCCCCCGCCGGGGUGGGACAGGUGCGCGUGGGCUCCCCGCCGGUGCUGGGCGCGGUGGCCGCUGCCAUGGGCGGGGCCCGGGCGGGGGCGCUGCUGCGGGGGGGCCCCGUGGGAACCGAGAAACUGCGGGUGCAGAGGAUCGGGGACCAGUACAGGGCCCUGCGGUGGUCCCUGGGGGGCGGGGACACGGCGGGGGAGGGGCCGCAGGUGGAGCCGGUCGCGCUCAGCCCCAGGCACCGGGCGUGGGUCGACGCCUGCGCCGGCCUCUUCGGGGGCGUCGACAUCUGCGGGGUGGAGGCGCUGAGGGGCCCCGACGGGCAGGAGCAGAUCGUGCAGGUUCUGGGCUCGUGGCUGCCCCUGCUGGGCCCGGGCGCGGCCGAGGACCAGGCGCAGAUCGUGGAGUUGGUGCUGGAGCGGAUGAGGGAGGAGCUGCCCCGCCCCCGCAGCCCCUCCCCCGCCCGGCCACGCCCACAGGUGUCGGUGACAUCGGGGACCCCCCGGCCGGGGACCCCCCCCCAGCAGAGACCCCAGCCCCAGGGUGAGUGACCCCGAAAAAAUUUCGGGAGCCUCCAAAAAUGCGGAAUUUCGGGAUUUGUAUCCUGAAAUUUGAGGGAUCUGCUUUUGCUCAGAAGGGGAAAGUUUUCCCCAAAGUGGGACUUGGAAAAAUUUGGGGUUUCCCAGAAAUCCUCCUUAAAUUUGACCCAAAUCCUGAAAUUUGCUAAGUUUAAAUUAAUUCCUAAAAAUUGCUCCAGACACCCAAAUUUUGGGAGCCCCUCCCUCCCCUGGGACACCCCAAAUCUGCUCCUGCGCCCCCAAAAUUGGGGGAUUUUGCCCCAAAUUGGGACCUUACCCGCCUCAAGCCCCGCCCCCUCCGCUGUUUCUCUUCCCUCCAGGUGCUCCGCCUCCGUCUGGCCCCGCCCAG